AUGGAGAUGAUUCGAGAGAGUGCCGCUAGCGAAGAGGGCCGCAAGGUGCUCGAUGAGCACCUGUUGACAGUAAUAUGCCAUGGUGAUGUUCAAGUGAAAGGCGGUAUGCGUGACCAUACACGGGAGGUGAUGACGAACGGGAAAGAUAUCUCACUUGAUUCUGGCGAAUUUCCGCUGCGAACGCCCUCAGACAAUCGAACGCGGGAAGGUACUGCCGGUACGGGCCGGAGCAAACGUCGUGGAGGUACCCAUUCAGGUCGGGGGAAGAAGCACAGCUCGGGUGCGAAGUAUAGGUCAAGUAGGUCAAAUACUGCACCGAAGGGUGAUGCGGGUCAUCAUUACGGUGAUGAGCCACCGCCUCAAGACAAGCAUCAUCGAUAUUAUCAGUAUCAUCCAAAGGCUCAUUAUCGUAUUGUCUUCGAGGAGGUCUGCGAUGUUCUCCAUCAGGAGACAUCGUUGAUUCCGAUAUUCAGCUAUCUCUCCCAGACGGCACUAGUGUUACAAUUUCUUCACGAGGCUGGCUGGGUACACCGCGAUCUCAGCACUGGCAACAUACUCAUCUUUAACGGUAAGGUGAAACUGGCCGACUUUGAGUAUGCGAAGCGGUUAGAUGAGCAGGCUGACGCUCAUGAGAUUCGGACAGGUACUGCUGACUUCAUUUCCGUUGAAGUGGAUCGACAACAAUACUUCUUCACCCCUCGUGGUAUUUCUUGGGUGGAGUUCGCUGCAAGGAUGCAAGCAGAGAAUGGGAACUUGCAAAGCCUAUGUCAAGAGAGUCUCAAACCGAAAGUCGUAUUUCGUUACAAUCCCAUGCACGAUUUUGAAUCGCUGUGGUGGAUCUCUGUUUACGUUUUAUUCAACAAGCAAGUAGUCAUGGUCAACGAGAAGAGCCCUCCAUCCCACGACUAUCGGAGACAGCGAACGUGGGCUGCAGGCGUUUUCUAUGGAUUGAAUGCUCGACAAUCCGCACUGAGUGCUGGUAACACCGACUUCCAAUAUGCCAUCGAAACCUUAUGCCCGGACCUCCGUAGUUUUGGUGUGGUGGUCGAUUUGCUUAGGGACGACCUCUUGAAGCGUUAUAUCAACAUUGAGGCCGAUUUGUCGCAUCUACCUAGUCGUGCGGCAGCAGGUGAAAUACCGCAACACUUCUUCGCGGGCUUUGGUGCUCUCGGAAACUCUAUUAUCAAUGGAGAGCGCCAGGAGAUCCUUAUUGGCCCUUUUCCGCGCCAAGACCUUGCAGUGUCCGCCAAGGCUGCAGCGUCAUCUGUAGGUCCGGAAGGACAGCCAGAAACAAAGAGUGGGCCGGCGGCAGCCCCCGCACAGCCACCGAAACCAUUGGUUUCCUAUCCCCUAGGGCAGGAUUAUUUGGAGCAACUCCCUACUGAGUCUCGUUUCAAAAUACAAACUCGCUCAAUGACUGCCAAAGCAAGGGCUCAAGCUCAAGAGUCCGUUCCGAAAACUCGAUAG